AUGGAGACUUCGGAUACUUCUGCAGCCGAUUACAAGACGUCGUCAGGGUUUCGAAAGCUGCGCGAGGGGCUUUUGAUUCAACCGUUCAAAAACGGUCGAGACAAUGUCCCGGCUGAAGUUGAUGCUGUUCCAGGUUUAUUCAUCGGAUCGUACGGGGCUGCCACCAACUUGGCAGCUCUGGUGAAAGCAGGGAUCACACACGUCCUCUGCGUGUCACCUUCACUAUCACUGCAAUUUCCAGAAACGUUUACGUACCUGCAGCUGAAAGUAGCUGAUCAAACGUCAGUCAGUAUCGCUGCAUUCUUUGAUAAAGCUUUCGCCUUCAUCGACAGUGCGUUGUCUCUUGGAGGAAAGGUGCUCGUGCACUGCUUCAUGGGACGUUCCAGGUCUGCAACGAUCAUUCUUGCGUACUUGAUCACGCGUCACGGCAUGACGCUUUCUGAUGCACUUGGUGAAGUGCGUCGAGCACGACCUCAGGCACAACCAAACACUGGGUUCCACCGUGAAUUGAUCGCACUUGAAGCAAAGCAGAAGCAGAUUCGUGAACAAGGACGAGCUUAA